ACUUAUAAAGGUUGGGACAUUUUCUUGGAUAUUUAAAAGAAUUAAAGAUGCACAAUGUCCAUUAGAUAUUUGAAAAUGUCAUUGUAUUUAGGUGCUUUCAAUGGCCGUGACAGGACGGGUCUGGCUGUGGAUCCCAUCACUCCUAACAUGGUCGUCUGCUGCUGUGUCAAUGGAAAGGGUCUUAGUCUCUUUGAUCUCAGAAUGCCAUUACCUUUGGACUUAUUGUAUGAUGUUCAUCAUGGGAUAAUCAGAGAUAUAGCAUUCUUACAUGGCAGCUGGCCCUGGGGGAGAGGAGAGAGGACACUCAUGACAGUGGCUGCAGAUGGAGUGUGUAAAGUGGUGACCCUAGAUGGCCGUACUCUCCAUGCCGUCCACACAAACCAGUCCCUGAACACAGUGGCCCCCACACCAGAGACAUAUGGCUCAGCUGUUGAUGAUGGUUUCACUAGUUUGGUGAUGCUUGGAGGAGAGAACAUCAGUGCUUACAUUCCAGAAUGUGGUGUGCAGGAAAAACUCAAGGACAAUAAACUGGACGCUCCCAUAUGGAAACUCAGGUAUACGUCUAAUGGUAGUCAGCUGUUCUCAGCGUGUGAUGAGGGGGUGGUAAGGAGGUAUAGGAGGUGGCCGGACCAUCACCAGUACCUGGGAGAGGUGUUCAGACAUAAGAAUGACAUCGAAGAUAUGGACAUAUCGCCCUAUGAUGAAUAUCUUGUGACCUCAUCGAAGGACCGCUCAGUUGGAGUGUAUAAACUUGGACCACCCAAUCAUGGAGUAUCCGAAUACUGGGAGCUCACAUGAGGGGUGGGCAGCAUUUCAUUGAAGAUCCUGUGGUAUGACCUUUGACCAUUGUGGGAUUGCCAUGUAUAGAUGGAGCAAGUGCUGUCUUCCUCUUACAGUGAUUACACGACAUUGUGGCCAGUAUGUGGACACAGGAGAUCUCUGUAUGAACCAUGUUACUUUAAUUCAUCUGAUCCCCAAAUUUGUGUCCUCCUUUAAUAAAUUGAACAUAAACAUGCUAUGGGGGGGGGGGGGGAGUAUAUGAUACAAAAAUUUUUGGAGAAAGUAGCUGUUUCCAAAUGAACUUGCGAAGUGGUAAGAAUAAUAAUUAAGAGCCUAGAGAGAGAGCAGCAGAAGUGGGACCAACAUACCUGGAAGUGAUUUUUCUGUGGAAAAAAAGAAGAAAAAAUGAUUUGCAUUUAGCUGGAAUGGCCUGUCAAAACCUGAAAUGUUAACACUCAAGUCUUAUGAUCUGAUUGUGCCUCAUUAAUGUUUUGAGAACUGUCCAGGCAAGGCCGAGUUUUUGGUACAUUGUUUAUGGAAACAGUAUUAUUUACAGAAUAACUAUGAAGUUUAGGAAGAAGAUUGCAGAGUUGUUAGACAAUUACCGUCUCCAUGGCUUCUAUAAAUCUGGGACAUCUGGGAUGCAGCAUCCACUGUUGAAAGGAUUGAUAUCUUAAAAUGGAGCCCAUUUCAUACUUCAGUUAAAUGCUGCUUUAUAUUGAACGGAUACCCUUAGGUUUACUCAGAAGUUAACACAGCUUAUUAAAGCUAUAUUUUGUAGUAUUCAUUUGUUUAUUUAUUUAUUUUAUCUUUGUGAGGAGGGUAUAAAGACAUUCCACUUGACUGAAUCAAUAUGAAUAUAUUUAUAUAUUUUUACAAUGCAGUAUAUUUGCUUCAAAAUUUUUACAAAUCUUGGAUAAGUUGAGGCAAACAGUUUAAAGCAAUGUUGUAGUUUAACAAAAUUAUUUCAUUUUCACAUGUAAAAUUUGGCAUUGGGCUGAUAGUUUUAGCAGAGAAUGGAUUUUUUAUCUUAAUUCAAUAGAAAAACUUCAAUUUUGAUUAAUAACUUGAAGUUUGUUUAAUUAUAAGAAUAUUAUUUUGCUAAGAAUAGCUGGAACCUGAUAGUAAUCAUUUCUGUUUACAGCAAUAUUGUGUGCAAUAAAAUCUUUUGUUCAGCUCCAGUAAGUCAAAAAAUUGAAAUCUUCCAGAUGCAAUGUUUCAAGUAUAUACAUAAAAAAAUACAGGUAAUUAGUGGGACACUAAACAAAGUCUAGUGCUGAGGUUUUACAGAAUCAGCAUGGAUUAUUUUUGGAAAUUGUUACAAAUUCAGCAGUGAUUAUCUUCCAGUUGUGUGUGUAUAUUUUUCUUUCACAUAAAACAGUUACCCAAACUUACAUCAGUAACAUACCAACUUAUUCUUUUCAUGUAGCUACCAUUUUUAAAAAAAUAAAACAA